AUGGCCUGCGGCUGUGGGCGCUGCGCGCUUUUCCUGCUUGGGGCGUUGGCCCUGGAUGCAGCCGGGCUGGCGUUGACGCUGGUGGGGUCGGUGGUACAGCCGGCCCGGGCUGGGCGGCCGUACGGGGACUGCCUGGUGCUGUCCGGCGCGCUGCUGCUCUUUCUCUCGCUGCUCUGCUGGCUGCUGUGGUACACGGGGAACCUGCGCGGGGUGCCGGCCUCCGAGCUGCCCCCGGGGGCCCGCAGCCCCCCGCCCGGGCCGCGCUCCAGCCUGCUCCGCCUGGCUAGUAAACUCUCGGAGCGCCUGUCCCAGCGCCGCCCGCCGCUGCCCUGCCCUUCCCCGCCGGCCCCCGGGUCGCUGGAGCUCCGCCGCCUGUGCGCCAUGGAGAGCCCGGGGGCGCACGGGGACCGGCUGGUGUAA